AUGCCUGAGAAGCGCAAGCAACCGCCGCGCGCCGGACGCGAGCCUGCGGCCAAGCGACGAGCCUCCGAGGCAGCCACCCAGUCUCAGAAGAGAAAGGCACCGACUCCUCGUGUCCCAUCGCCGCCACCACCACCGCCUGAGCCUGUCGAAGCUCCAUUGCCUACAACGAUCAAAGAUGGCGAGGCUGUGCCAGUGGUGCGCGUGCAGCAGCCCAAAAACCUGUCGGACAAGGAGUAUCAGUCAUACGCGGAAAGCGCAGUGCUGCUUACAUCUCUCGAGAGAUCUAAGAAGAAAUGGCUGAGCGAUGGCAUCCUGGUCCGGUACUACACCAAGCCGAAGAAGACGAAGCGCGAACAAAUCGAGAAGAACAACCCGCCCAAGGAUUCAAUGACUAGAAUCGGGCCUUGCGACGUCACAAUUGGACCUCAUCGCUUCGACGCGAUGAUUUACACAGUGAAAGACCCCAACGCGCCACCAGCGAUUCAAUAUGCCCCUCCCCAAAAACAGAUGGUCCACUACGGGCAUCCAAACAACUUCCAGCAAUACCAGCCAUAUCCAGGCAAUCAAAAAAGACCUCCCUACUCCCCUGCAGCUCCCGGUCGCCCUCCACAGGGAUAUCCGGGCACUCAUCCGCCGCCACAGCAGCAACGUGGCCCGAAUCAAACACAGCCUCAGUCGGGACAACGGCCACCGCAAAGUGGACAAUCGGCGCAGCCUGCCAAGCCGAGCCCAGAUCCCGUCAUCCAAAUGCUUGCUACCAGAGCUGCCGCAGAUCCAGAGCUGAAAGCACUUAUGAGAGUGGUGGCGUCUAGCCAGGCCUCGCAGGAGCAGCUUCGUGCUUUCCAGGCCCAUAUCGAUGAACUUAACGCAAUCAUCAAGGCGAGGGAGCAGCAGGAACGUCAACGGAACGCAGCAGCAGCAUCUACACCACCAGCGCCGGCAUUAAAGACAGCAACCCCCGCGUCACAGACGAAGCCAACCCCACCACAACCUGACACUCAGCAAAAACAAGGCUCGGAAACGAAGACCCCGUUGCAAGGAUCGGGCAACACGCCCCAAAAUACCACCGCGGCUCAACCACCGUCAAAGGAGCCCCAGCAGCAAUCGGCGGCAGAACCAAAAGCACCCACACCGGCAUCAGCCAAAAAGCCAGCCGAAGGACCACCUAAAUCCGAAAUUCAACCUCAAACCCCGACACCGACCCAAGGAGGCCCGCCACCAGUACCCAGCGCCACCCAGCACACCCCCACCCCUACGCCGGCUCUGAAACAAGAGCCCGGGACAACUGGGCCAACCAACCCUCAAGCUACUCCAUUAGGCUCAACGCAACCAGCAACAUCAGGUCCAUCGGUUAUUCCUGGUCCUGCUAGCACAUCAGCCUCCAACACAGCAUCACAACCGCAAGCCCCUGCGGGGCAGCCCACUAAAGGUGCCAGCAAUAUUCAACAGCAAACACCCCGACCAGGCCCCCCUUAUCCUCCAUUUCAGCAGCAAUCGCCGUACGGAACACAGCCUCCUCUUCAAUCACGCCCGGCGCAAUACGGCUCUCCUACGCCUUAUUAUCGUCCCCAAGUGCCUGCGGCGCGACCCACACCGACCCCACUCAACUACAAGUCCGUGGUUUUUGAAUUCACUUCUCCGUUGACACCAUAUGGGAGCAGUACCUCUGGUCAUGCUGGCUCGGGCGAUCGUUACUUGUUCCCUGAGCAUUCAAUUCUGGAAUGGAUUUCAAACGAGAAUACCAUUCUAGCUUCUUUCCUCAUUGUGAAGAAAGUAGACCCAGACACGCCAUUCCCAAUCGAGACUGCGCCCGAUGCUGGCUCUGGGCGCGGAAAAGGCAAAGGCACUUCUAAAUCAAAGAAGGCAGCCAAGGGGGAGAAAGCUGCCGAUACGCCCGCUCCUGCCGACACGCCUCAAAAACAAGAGUCCUCUGAUAAGCCAGAUACCAAGCCUGGCCAACCAGGAACGCCUGCUACGGCUGGUGAAAAACCUGACAAUGAUGCAAAUCUCAAGGAAUACUGGCAACCUGUCACAUUCCGCAUUCAUGCCGCCAAUGCCCGGAUCCUAGAGCCUCUAACCCGUGUUGUCAAGCCGGCCGACGAAGUCCGUAAGUACAUGAAUGAGGUCAUGGACCGGGCUGAGCGUGCGCCCGAUGGCUUCCCUGCCCUUCGGCUUCCUCACGAAGAUGCCCGCGAGGCUUUCGAGGCAGAAAGCACUCCCGCUUCUGCGGCAAAUCCCGGUGCUUCUUCACGCAGCCGUCCUUCGAAGGCUGUGGCGAAACUGGCCGAGGAAGAAUCUGAGGUUGAGAGCAAUGUGAUGGAGCCUGAAGAGGAAGAGGAGCUGUUGGAAUUCUAUGGUGCGCCCAUGGGUAUGCCGCCCCUGCGUGUUUAA